GGACGAGAUUUUUUGUUUUUUAUUUUUUAUCAAAAAUCAAUUCGCACUUUUCGGCUUCUCCUCUCCAUUUUCUGACUUUCAUCCAAUCAUCCUUCAAAACCUUUACCACCGAACCUGCCCCAGCCAGCCAGCCAGCCACCGGCUUUAACUGCUACCUUCAUCCUUCACCGUCCGGCGACGACUCCACCCAGGCAGUCAUUGACCGGCCCACCGAACCUGCUGCAGCUAGCCACCAAAACCAUGGUUCUCUGCAAGUUUUUUAAGCAUGGAGCAUGUUUAAAAGGGGAGCAUUGUGAAUACGCACAUGAUUGGAAUGCCCCUGCAAAUAAUAUAUGCACUUUUUAUCAAAGAGGAGUCUGUGCUUAUGGAAGUCGUUGCAGAUACGACCAUCUUAAAAUUUCAAAGGUCCAAUCUUCUAGCUCCUCGUCAUCCAUUAAUUUCUUUGAAGCAAAGACUCCUGGGGUAACUAUCAGUGGGAUGGCUCCAGUCUCUAGUGUUCAGCCAGAACUGUCACCAGUUAGCAGAGAGUGCCUUCCUUCCAGUAAAGCAGCUUGGAAUCAACAGCCUGAGAAUCCUGGUUAUGUUGAAGAUGAUUUUGUUCCCCAUCCUAGGAGUGAUCGACUGGCUGAUCAAAUUAUAUGUUCAUUUGCUGCUGCUGGAACCUGUCCCAGAGGGGAUAAGUGUCCUCAUAUUCAUGGUGACUUGUGUCCAACAUGUGGAAAACACUGCCUACACCCUUAUAGGCUUAAAGAGAGAGAGGAACAUUCACAAACUUGUGAGAAAAUGCAAAAGCACCUUGAAGCACUGAAACAAAGUCAAGAGAUAGAAUGCAGUGUGUGUCUAGAACGUGUCCUUACAAAGCCUGUUGGUGAACGGAAGUUUGGUUUACUGUCAGAAUGUGACCAUCCAUUUUGUAUAAGUUGCAUCAGGGGUUGGCGUAACAGCUCACCAUCCUCUGGAAUGGAUGUUAAUUCUACAUUGAGGGCCUGCCCUAUAUGUCGCAAACUUUCAUACUUUGUCAUUCCAAGUGUGAUUUGGUAUUUUUCUAAUGAGGAGAAGGAGGAAAUUGUUGAGAGUUACAAGGCCAAACUUAAGUCCAUCGAUUGCAAGUACUUUGAAUUUGGAAAUGGAUCGUGCCCAUUCGGAACUAGUUGUUUUUACAAGCAUUCAUAUCGUGAUGGCAGUGUUGAGGAAGUCGUGCUACGUCAUCUUGGGGCUGCCGAUGGCGAAACUGUAAUAGCAAAAAAUAUUAGGCUUGCAGACUUCCUCAGAAAUUUGCAUAUAAGCUGAACUUAGAUUGGUUUGCAUGUAUCUUAUACACAUAAUUUAUGGAUUAUCUGAACUUAAAAUAUCCAAUCUCAGUUGCAUCUGGAGGUGAAAGUUCUUGUCAAUUUUAGGUAGAUUCUUGUUUUGAUUUGGGUACGAUUUGUACUUAAUCACGAGAAUAAGCAUACUCGCUGCUGUGAGAGAUUAAUACCAACCUUAUUAAUGACGCAUUACUACUUGUAUGAAAAUUUGUUUGCACAAUGAUACAACUCAAGUUGCAAGAGUGCAGUGCUGUGCUGUCAUAUCUUAUAGUUAAAGCUUCCUUUAUACUUGGCUUUUAUUUGAUUUUGCCAUCCUAAGGCUUUUACUUGUAAAUUCUACUUGUAAGCCUUUAUACAACUCAAGUUGCAAGAGUGCAAGUUGCAAGAUUUUUU